CUAUCGGGGCAGUUGAUAAUGUUGUUGUCAAACAGGAAAAAAGUAAACAAAAGUUUUUCGCGGUUGUUUUUACCCAGUUUUCCGUGGUUUUCCACCCCAGAAAUUCAAUUUCAGGAUGGAGACUGGUGAGAAAAAGAAACGUGCUUGUGUAGUGCCCGUGUGCAAGGAUGAGAGAUUCGAUUUAGUCCACAAAUUGCCGAUGAAUGCGGAAAGAGCAGAUGAAUGGAUAAAUAGCCUGGGUAUUCCGGAACUCAAAAAUCAUCCCAUUGACGAAUUACGAAAGAGGAUCUUUGUGUGCUGUCGUCACUUCCGGAAGCAGGACUACAAGAAUGUAGAGUCCAGGCAUCUCAAUAAAACCGCCGUGCCAUCAAUAAACCUCAAGGAAUUGGACAAUUUCAAUGUAAUUGAUCAAUCAGUGAUGGUCAAAUCAAUCCCGGAACCUGAAGUCAUAGUUCCACAUCCAAUGCAGAAGGUUCAACCGGUAGUCCAGCGAACGAGAGUCAAACCGGACACCUCAACAAAUUCGAGACUCCUCAAUGCAGUCAAAAGGAAACGAAAAUCCGAAGAGCAUCUCGAAGAGGAGGUUCUCGACGAUAACAUCUCCUUGAACAUCUCGAACACCAGGACGCCCAAAAUCAUCAAUCAACCCUCCUCCACUAAUCACUACUUCAUCCUACCUUGUCUUCAAGAACGACCGAGGAAGAGAGUUCUGCAGAAGCUGGAUGAUGAAGUCAGCGAUCUCCUUGUUUUUGCCAAUCUUCCGGAAGUAGCUGAACAAGUGAAACCCGAAGAGCUGCCUAGAUUGACCAUGUCCAGUGAUUGCAUCUCUGUCCCAUCGCGCAACCUCAGGCUGAAUUAUUUCUGGCUGAGGGAUCACUGCCGGUGCUCCCAGUGCUACAAUUCUACCACGAAGCAGAGAAGCUUCAGCAUUCUGUCCCUUCCGGCUAAUGUGACAGCGAAAUCCUGCCAAUUAACCGAUGACUCCCUCGCUGUUUCUUGGAGUGAUGGGCAUGAAUCUCAAUACUCAUGGGAUUUCCUCGUGGAGAACAUGUGCGAACUGAAGGAGAGGCAAUCGGGCAGGGUGCUCUGGAAUGCCGAGAUAAUAGCCAAGAGUGACGUUGCUCGUGUUCCUCUGGGUGACUUCAUGUCGGAUGACAAUGUGGCUAGGAAUGUGGUUGAGAGUUUGGUGCAAUUUGGUGUGGCUUUUGUGGACAAAGUUCCACCAAAUUUGUCCUGCACCGAACUGGCUAUUAAAAGGCUCUUUCCCAUUCACAAGACCUUCUUUGGGGAGAUGUGGACAUUCCAGAGUGGAGUGAUGAAGGAAAAUGAUACGGCGUAUACCCAUGAAGCUCUGGGAGCUCACACGGACAACACCUACUUCUGUGAUCCUUCGGGAUUGCAAGUGUUGCACUGUACGGAAUUUGAGGGAGAUGGAGGUGAAUCUCUACUUGUGGAUGGCUACAGAGUGGCCAGUGAGAUCAGGAGAAAGUAUCCUGAGGUCUAUGAGAGACUCUGCUCCACUGAGAUUCCUUUUGAAUAUGUCGAUGAGACUCAUCAUCACUCCUACAUUGCUCCCAUCAUCAAAAAAGACAACAUUAAUGAUUCUGUUGAGCAAAUAAGGUUCAAUUUAUACGACCGAGCUCCGAUGAAUACCCUUCCUUACGAGAGGAUUCAGCAGUUUUACGAUGAUCUGCGAAUGAUGGCAACGGAAGUGGCUUCCAAGAGGAAUGAAUGGUGGUUCAAAUUAACUCCAGGCACUGUCAUGAUUUUCGACAACUGGCGCCUUUUGCACGGCAGGGCAGCUCUUACGGGGAAGAGGGUCAUGUGUGGCUGCUAUGUCUCCCGGACGGACUUUCUCAGUGUUGCCAGGAAAAUGAAACUAGUGGAUUGAUUUUUAUUCCAAAAAAUCAAAUACAAAAGCAAAUAAAUUCCAUUGACUCUGAA